CCGCUCUAGGGAAAAACCAGCUCCUAGACCGUCUUCCGGCGGGAGCUGUGCCCCUCCUUAUCAUGGGGACAAUUCAUCUCUUUAGAAAACCACAAAGAUCUUUUUUUGGCAAGUUAUUGCAGGAAUUUAGACUUGUAGCAGCUGAUCGAAGGUCCUGGAAGAUACUGCUCUUUGGUGCAAUAAACUUAACAUGUACUGGCUUCCUGCUAAUGUGGUGCAGUUCCACUAAUAGUAUAGCUUUAACUGCCUAUACUUACCUGACCAUUUUUGAUCUUUUUAGUUUAAUGACAUGUUUAAUAAGUUACUGGGUAAUGAUGAGGAAACCUAGCCCUGCCUAUUCAUUUGGAUUUGAAAGAUUAGAAGUCUUGGCUGUAUUUGCGUCCACAGUCUUGGCACAAUUGGGAGCUCUCUUUAUAUUAAAAGAAAGUGCAGAACGCUUUUUGGAGCAGCCUGAGAUACACACGGGAAGAUUAUUAGUUGGUACUUUUGUGGCUCUUUCUUUCAACCUGUUCACAAUGCUUUCUAUUCGGAAUAAACCUUUUGCUUAUGUCUCUGAAGCUGCUAGUACGAGUUGGCUUCAAGAGCAUGUUGCAGAUCUUAGUCGAAGCUUGUGUGGAAUUAUUCCAGGACUUAGCAGUAUCUUCCUUCCCCGAAUGAAUCCAUUUGUUUUGAUUGAUCUUGCUGGAGCAUUUGCUCUUUGUAUUACUUAUAUGCUAAUUGAAAUUAAUAAUUAUUUUGCUGUAGAUACUGCAUCAGCCAUAGCCAUUGCUCUGAUGACAUUUGGCACUAUGUAUCCCAUGAGUGUGUACAGUGGGAAAGUAUUACUCCAGACAACACCACCCCAUGUUAUUGGUCAGUUGGACAAACUUAUCAGAGAGGUAUCUACCUUGGAUGGAGUUUUGGAAGUCCGAAAUGAGCAUUUUUGGACCCUAGGUUUUGGCUCAUUGGCUGGAUCUGUUCAUGUGAGAAUUCGACGAGAUGCAAACGAACAAAUGGUUCUUGCUCAUGUGACCAACAGGCUGUACACACUAGUAUCUACUCUGACUGUUCAGAUUUUCAAGGAUGAUUGGAUCAGGCCUGCCUUACUGUCUGGGCCUGUUGCAGCCAAUGUCCUAAACUUCUCAGAUCAUCACAUAAUCCCAAUGCCUCCUUUAAAGGGUACUGACGACUCAAACCCUGUUACAUCAACUCCAGCUAAACCCAGUAGUCCACCUCCAGAAUUUUCAUUUAACACCCCUGGAAAAAACGUGAGCCCAGUUAUUCUUCUAAAUACUCAAACAAGACCUUAUGGUUUGGGUCUUAAUCAUGGACACACACCUUAUAGCAGCAUGCUUAAUCAAGGACUUGGAGUUCCAGGAAUUGGAGCAACCCAAGGAUUCAGGACUGGUUUUACAAAUAUACCAAGUAGAUAUGGAACUAACAAUAGAAUUGGACAACCAAGACCAUGAUGUACUGUAAUCUAAUUUAUUUUUAUGAGGAAUAUUGACUCCUUGACUUUCAGUUUAUUUAGUAAUCCAACUUUGCCUCGACUGUUCAAUCAUUUACUCUAAUUAGAGAAUAGUAGGUUUGUUCACAUUUCAUGAAACCAAUGAAACUAUAUUUUUGUAAAAUGUAUUUGGGGCAGUGAGAACCUUCUAAAUGUUAUAGGCUUUAAAUAGGCUUCCUUUAGAAAGCUGUUUCUCUAAAUUUGAAUUUUGCUAUCUUUGGUUUCGUAGUUGACCGCAGUGUGAUAUAACACUACCUUUAUAAGAUGGAGUGGAUGGAGAUCCACUCCACUUGAUGGAGUGGAUCUGUCACAUUAUUAAAAAUAUAAUACUUUAUUCAGUGAAAUUUAUAAACAUGCUUCUUGAGUACACGUUUUAG